AUGGAUAACCCUACUCUUUAUCGCAGUGUGGUUGGAGGUCUUCAAUAUGCAACCCUGACAAGGCCUGAUAUAUCAUUUUUCUUCAACAAAGUGUGUCAGUUCAUGCACCGCCCUCGUAUUGAACAUUGGACAGCAGUGAAGCGAAUUUUGAGAUACUUGAAAUCCACCAUUGAUCAUGGAUUCUACCUUCAACGCCAACCCACUUUACAACUAUCUGCUUACUCCAAUGCCGACUGGGCUGGUUGCCCUGAUGACAGGAAAUCCACAGGUGGUUUUGCUACCUAUCACGGCACCAAUCUCAUCUCUUGGAGUUCUCGCAAACAAGCAACUGUGACCCGAUCAAGCAUAGAAUCAGAAUAUCGGGCCAUCGCUAAUGCAGCAGCCGAACUCACCUAG